UGGAGGGUGGACGUUAGUCACCACGGUUAGUGAGGCUGCCUGGGCUUGUCCCACAGCCCGAAAAGCAACGGUGCCCAUCGCACUGAAGGGGAAACCUAGGGUCUUUAAAAUAUUUGCUUUUCGUUGCGGGCGUCAUGGAGAUUGCAGUGGCCUGAGUGCCACGACCCACGUCCAAGAUAGUCCAGAUGAAGGCUCUCGACUCGAAACGUGGACUGUCCAUUUCCCUCCACAGAUGCUGCCUGUCUGGCUAAGCUCCUUCAGCGCUUUCCGUGUGUUGAUCCAGAUUCCAGCAUCUGCAGUCUCUUAUGUCUCCAUAUCCAAGAAUUGAGGGAUUCUGACUCAAACACCAAUCCUAGAAGAGAACUUUAUGCCUUCACAACUGUUUGUGUACCAAGAUGCUUCCUGACCAGCUGAUCUCUUCCAGCACUUUUGUGUGUGUUGCUCCAGAUUCCAGCAUCUGCAGAACCUCUUGUGUCAAAAGAAAUGAUGAAAAGGAGGAUCAGUCAUGUAACAGGGCUUGCAGAUGUAAUUGCAAUGAUGGACCUAACAGAACCAGGGGAAUGAUACAGGGACCAACAAUACUAGACUGUAUGCCAGAGUGUCCUUAUCACCGAGCCCUUGGGUUUGAAUCUGGAGCUGUUACAAAAGAUCAGAUAAGUUGUUCCAAUGAAGAUCAUUACACAGGCUGGUACUCUUCGUGGAUGUCAAACAAAGCAAGAAUCAAUAGCCAAGGUUUUGGGUGUGCAUGGCUAUCAAGAUACCAAGACAAUCAGCAAUGGCUUCAGAUUGACCUGAAGGAAAUCAGAGUUAUUUCUGGGAUCAUUACUCAAGGGCGAUGUGAUGCUGAUGAAUGGAUGACAAAGUACAGUGUGCAGUAUAGAUCUGAUGAAACCUUUAACUGGGUUUACUAUAAAGAUCAGACAGGAAACAAUCGAGUGUUUUAUGGAAAUUCAGACAGAUCAUCAUCAGUACAGAAUUUCCUGCGUCCUCCAAUUGUAGCUCGAUACAUUAGAAUUAUACCGUUGGGAUGGCAUGUUCGAAUUGCUAUCAGGAUGGAACUACUUGAAUGCCUCAAUAAAUGUCAGUGACAACAAUCACAAAACAGAUGAAAUAGCAUAUCCUGUUACGAAAAAUAUGGGCUUUGCUCAAAAUUAACAACUAAAUUAACUUGGUUUCCAUUUAAUCUUGUUUUAAAGCAAACUAUGCUUAUAACUUGAAAUUCAUCAAAUUUAAUCCAGUGUAGCUUACAUUUACUAAGUUCAUUUGAUGUUUAGUGGAAUACUUUUGUAACAAUCAAAUUAAAAGCAAUUUCUAGA